AUGAGCGAUAUACGAUAUAGUUUGAGAAACAUUUAUUGGUCGAAAGAUUACAUAACUGGUAUUAAAGCCUUUUUAACGAGGGUUGCCAGUGAAAACAAGUUAGUCCACGAUAAGAUAGAAUUUUAUACUGACUAUCUGGCUAAAUGCUGGAGACCGUUUAUUUCUCAUCUGGAAGCAUUGGAGCAUGAUCACGAGGUUCCAGUGGCUUUAAAGAAUCUUGUAACAGGAUACAAUGGACUGAAGAUCGAAAAAACAAUAAAUGAACAAUGCAUAGAGGUUUUACAAGUGAUUUACAGAGAUAAUUGGAAGAUGCACCAUGAAUUGAAUGAAGAAUUAAUGCAAUUAUUUGAUGCGUAUGCUAACGAUUUCAAAUUAACUAAAGAAGCAUUCAUAGAAUGUGAAAAUCGUGCUAAUCUUCCCUCAAAGACAAAGAUAAAAAAUGAGUCAGGUGAUGAAACUGUUGAGGAGACAAAUGUCGAGCCUUCUAUUGUCCCUUUAUUCGCGAAUGUAACGUUUCCUUUUGUUUUGGACGAUAAAUUGAAUUUCAAGAAUGAGAAAGAAUUGUUUGAUUUUAGUGUUGCAUUGAAGGAAAAAACUUUGACUGAAAGGAGCAUUGUUCCAAUUCCGAAGUUGACGAAUGAAUUUUUCAAAGCUGAGAAUAUUAUAAAUGCCAUUAAGAAAAUUGAACCAAGGAUAAAUUCUUCUCCUUUCAAUGUUAAUCAUAUUGGACAGCAACUGCUUAUUUUAGGUUUAAUCUCUGAAUAUUCUCUUUACAGUAGUAAUCCUAAAAGUUUUGAUAUUAACAAGUAUUAUUAUUGGAAUAACGGGAUAUUAGCCGAAAAAGUUGAUUCACCUGAUAAAUCUAAGACGUCCAAUGCUUUAAAAUCGGAAAAUAGCAUACAGUCUUCCAUAUCGUCGUGGAUUAGGAAAGUUAGUGGUACUACUUUGGACGACAAUUCAGAAGCAGAAAAAUUAUCUUUCGAAUUUACUGAAUGGCGUAAGACAUUUGUUAAAAGAUUCAACAGGUUAGAGUACUCUGAGGCUCAAUUAGAGAAUAUAUUUUUCCAUUCAUGCAAUAAAUAUGAAAAUAUUUCUCUUGAAACGAACAAAAUUGUAAAUGAAACGAACAGAGUUUUCAAAAGACUCAUAGAAAACACCCAAGGACAUUCGGCCAGUGAAGAUACAAUUGAAAACGAAAAGACUUUAGAAAAUAUAAAUUAUUCAAUGGGGUUCUUUUGUAGAGGUAACACUGUACCUUUUACAAAAUGGUCCAAUUCUCUAACUUCUUCGCAGCAAAAGUUUAUGUUUGGAACAAGUGAAAUUGACUCUGAUAUUUCAAAUUCAGUGAGACUUUUACUCUGCACAAUCGAAGGCUAUGAAAAAGAAGAAAUCUACAAAAAUUGGGCUAGUAACGUAAGCUUUAUAAGACCAAACAAUUUGAAGAGAGAAAUUUUGACGGAAUUUAUUAAUGACAAUAUAGAUUCUAACUCGUUGGCGCUACAGGCGACAGUUUCAAAAUAUUCAAAUACGACGAAAUUUGUCGCCAAGGAUUGGGUUGAUCUAAUGAAGUUGUGGCUUACUGAAUUACCCGAUAGUUUGAUCCCAUCAAUUUUAUUUGACACCAUUAAGAAAAAUCGUGAUCUUAAUGAUUUUGAAUGGGUAGAUAAAAUCCCAUUAGGAAAUCUUCAAGUUCUUUUAGAGAUAUCUUGCCAUUUCAAACGACUCGGAAACGAAGGCGGUGACAUCAAGUGCUUAUUUUGGGAGAAUGGGGACAUACCCUUUUAUCAUUAUUUUGUAAGAAAUCCAACUUCGAAGAAGGAUUACGAAGAUGAUAUUUUGAAAUUAACACCUGUAAUUCACCGUUUUCUUACUAGUUCCAAGAUAGAAGCAAAACUUGCAAAAAAAAAAACUGAGAAACUAACUGAAAAAGUGAAUAUACUUGUGGAAAAAGCUGAGCCAAUGGGACUAGCAGAUGCAAAAGAAAUUAAACGUUCAAACAGUUUCAGCAUACCUUUGUUACAAACCAGCCAAAAUGGUGAGGACGAAGAAUUUUUACCUUUGCCAUUCAAGACAAGUUCUGCUAUGGCUUCACCUAAGGGUAAGAGAAGAAGUGGUAUAAAUCUACUUACAAAUAGCCCUUUAGAGAAACAAGAAGAUUGA